AUGGGAAACUCUGUGAACUCGGGUCAACUGCAGUCCACCCAAUUCGCCCUCGACCUUCUGCAACUGCUCCACAAGGAUGGAAGUAAUCUGGUGCUAUCGCCCUACUCGCUCGUAUCUGCGCUGGUGAUGUUCCUUCCCGGGACUGAUGGAGAAAGCAGAGACCAGAUUGUCAAGUCCUUGUUUAACCCAAAUGACAGCAAGGGUGAUGAUGCCGACAAAUAUGUGAAGUUGUUUGCGGCCAACAACAAGAAUAAUCUGCUGAAAAACAAAGACACGUUGAAGGUCGCCAAUUUGCUGUAUUCGCACAAAAACUUUACACUGAAACCUGAAUAUGUGUCGAUUCUCACUAAAGAACUAAAUGCCACUGGAAAAGAAUUAGAUUUUCGUCAACAGGAAGCAAAAACACUUGACACCAUUAACACUGACGUGUCUAAAGCCACUAAUGGACUAAUUGAUAAGCUUCUGGAGCAGACCAGCAAUGAAACUGUUUUGAUUCUG